AUGCCAACUUGGGAUCAAAGCGAUCGACUAGAAGGAUCAGACGAAAGCGAAAAGGGAGGUCUGAUCAUCAAGAAGAAGAAGAGGGACGAUGGGGAAGAAAAAGAGGUUUUCAAAGUCCCGGCGUUCUUGAAACGGGCUGAACGGAUAAGGAAAGGAGACGAAAGUGAGCGUAGUGAGUUAGGGGACUCAGUAAGAAAAGAGAUACAAAAGUAAGUUAUCUUUUUAAUAUUAUUCUUGAUUCGACUUUUGAAAAUUUAUAGUUUAUUUAUAGGCGACAUGAUAAGGAACGCGAGAAAGAACGGAGAGGAUUGAAAGUUGAUUCCAGAGAACACAGAAGACGACGGCAUGACAGCGAUGAGGAUUCUCCAGAUCGAAGACGCCGAGAUGAUCGAGAGAGAGAUAGGAGGAGAGAUCGAGACAGAGACGAUUACAGAAAUAGAGAUAGAGACCGACGAGAUCGUGGCCGAAGGUCGUCACGAUCUCCAACAUCCUCUAGGCGAUUCAAUGAACCAGAAACUCCUGACUUUAAGAUUCCGAACACUCCUUCAAGUUCAGCUUGGGAUGAUGAUUCCAGACCAAAAAGGAGAAGAUCUGAUUGGGAUGCUGAAACACCAGUUACCCAAGUAGGUGGGAGAAGUUUGGACAGUGUUUGGAGAGAAGAGAAAGACCGGCGGCGACAUCGGUAUGACUAAUUUUCUUUUUAUGUCUUUCUUUAGACGAAAUCGACCACAAUUUGAUGAACCUGGAACAGGAGAAGUAAAACCUUCAUUUAUGGAUGAUUACGAGAGGAAACAAUGGGAGAAAGAGCAGUAUCAAUUAGAAAGGGAAUGGUAUGAGAAUGAUCAGGGAUACAAUGACGACUUUAAUCCCUUCUCAAAUGUAUCUGAAGAUUAUGUAAAGAAGAGAGAACGACAAGUCAAGAGGAACAAGGCCAAGCCGAGGAUGAGUGCCAAAGCACAGCAGAUAAAGAAGGACAAUGAGAAAUGGGAGAACGAUCGGUUGGCACGGUCAGGUGAGUGAUUUGCGAAGUUUAUUUAUUCUGCGUUUAGGUGUUGUUCUUUCUGCCGAAGACCUGGACGAAGUUCUUGAUGAUGAAGAAGAUGAGAAUGCUGUAAAUUUACUUGUCCAGAAUAUCGUUCCUCCUUUCUUGGAUGGACGCAUGGUCUUUACGAAGCAAUCUCAGCCAGUCAUACCAGUCAAGGAUGUCACUUGUGAUAUGGCAAUCGCUGCUUCCAAAGGAUCACGUCAAGUUCGGUUUUAUCGAGAACAGGAAGAGAAAAGGAAGGCUCAAGAGAAACAUUGGAAUUUGGCUGGAAGUAAUUUGGGAAAUAUUAUGGGAGUAAAGGCGGAAAAAGAUACGGGAGAAGAUGAAGCGAUGAAAUCUAGCGACUACAAGUCAGUUUUUACUAUAUUUGUGCUUAGCUGUCAUGAAUAAAAUAAUUUGUUUUUCUUUUUAGGGACUCUCACAAAUUUGCGGAGCACAUGAAAGAAGAAACAGAAGCAGCUUCGGAGUUUGCCCUUGAGAAGACCAUAAAACAACAGCGAGAAUAUCUACCAGUAUUUGCUGUUCGUCAAAAGUUAUUACAAGUUAUCCGAGAUAAUUCAGUUGUCAUUGUGAUUGGAGAGACCGGAUCCGGCAAAACAACUCAACUGACUCAGUAUCUAAAGGAGGAUGGGUAUGGGAAGAGUGGUCAGAUUGGAUGCACACAACCACGUCGUGUCGCUGCAAUGUCUGUCGCUAAGCGAGUAUCCGAAGAAAUGGGGGUGGAGCUUGGGAAGGAGGUUGGAUAUGCAAUUCGAUUCGAAGAUUGCACCUCCGAUGAGACUAUGAUUAAGGUAGGAAAUUCUUUGAGAGAUUUCUUGAUAAAGGUUAUAUUACACAUUGUCAUUUUGUAUUAUAAGUUUUAUUUUUAGUACAUGACUGACGGUAUUCUUCUCCGUGAAUGUCUGGGAGACCCCGAACUGGAACAAUAUUCCUGUAUCAUCAUGGACGAAGCUCACGAGAGGUCCUUGAACACGGAUGUCCUCUUCGGUCUUCUCAGAGAUGUCGUCGCCAAAAGAACGGACCUCAAAUUGAUAGUAACAUCAGCCACAAUGGAUGCAGAGAAGUUUGCCAAUUUCUUCGGAGGCCACACCCCCACAUUUACUAUCCCUGGAAGAACAUUCCCGGUCGAAACAUACCAUGCCAAAACUCCGAUUGAAGACUAUGUAGAUGCAGCUGUCCAACAAAGUAUUCGAAUUCAUCUGGGUCCUAUGGAUGGAGACAUGCUGAUAUUUAUGCCUGGUCAAGAAGACAUUGAAGUGACUUGUGCUUUGAUUAGGGAGAAGUUGAAUGAAUUGGAUGAGGCCCCUCCAUUGGCAGUCCUUCCUAUUUACUCUCAAUUGCCAUCAGAUAUGCAGGCCAAGAUCUUCCAAAGAGCUCCGGGAGGGAUGAGGAAAUGCAUUGUGGCCACGAAUAUCGCCGAAACCUCGUUGACUGUGGAUGGUAUCUUAUUUGUGAUUGACCCGGGAUUCUGCAAAUUGAAAGUUUUCAAUCCACGAAUUGGUAUGGACGCUCUACAGGUGGGUCUAGUGUGAUACGAGGUGUCUGUUUUGAGUUUCAAAUUAAUGUAGGUUUAUUAUUUUAGGUGUUUCCCGUAUCCCAAGCCUCCGCCAAUCAGCGUGCCGGACGUGCUGGUCGUACCGGUCCAGGCCAUUGUUAUAGACUGUACACCGAAAGGCAGUUCAAGGAAGAAAUGUUGACUUCAACUGUCCCAGAGAUCCAAAGAACAAACUUAUCGAAUGUGGUUCUUCUGCUCAAGUCUCUGGCUGUUGAUGAUCUCCUCAAAUUCCAUUUCAUGGAUCCACCACCACAGGAUAACAUGCUCAAUUCAAUGUAUCAGUUGUGGACCCUGGGGGCAUUGGAUAAUAUUGGACAGUUGACCCCAUUGGGAAGGAAGAUGGUCGAGUUCCCAUUGGAUCCGACUUUGUCCAAGAUGUUGAUAGUAUCAGAGGAAAUGGGAUGCAGUACCGAGAUCUUGACGAUAGUAUCCAUGCUGAGUGUUCCCUCUUUAUUCUUCAGGCCGAAGGGGAGAGAAGACGAUGCUGAUGCCAAAAAAGAAAAGUUUCAGGUAAACUAAUAACCAUGAUGAGUGUUAUAUCUUGUUUUUUUUUGUAUUAAUCAUGAUUGUGUUGUUUAGGUACCGGAAUCUGACCAUCUGACCUACCUGAAUGUCUAUAAUCAAUGGCAAAAGCACAAGUUCAGUAAUCGCUGGUGCACUGAGAACUUUCUCCACGCCAAAGCUCUAAGGAAGGUCCGAGAAGUGCGGACUCAACUGACAGAUAUCAUGGAGAGUCUCAAAAUUGAAGCGAUCUCUUGCGGAACCGAAUGGGACGUGGUCAGGAAAUGUGUGUGCUCGGCCUAUUUCCACAAUGCAGCAAGAUUAAAGGGUGUUGGAGAAUAUGUGAACAUGAGGAAUGGACUCCCUUGCUUUUUACACCCAACCUCUUCACUCUAUGGAAUCGGGUACACUGUUCAUUACAUCGUUUAUCACGAAUUGAUCAUGACGACAAGGGAAUAUAUGCAGUGUGUAACAGCCGUAGAACCUCAAUGGCUCGCUGAAGUCGGACCGAUGUUCUACGCAAUCAAAGAUACGAUGAUGACUGGGAGGGAAAUGAUGAUGGAACAGAAAAGAACGGCCGAAAGUAUGGAAGCAGAGAUGGCAGAAGCUCGGAAAAUCGCCGAAGAAAAGGCAAAAAGUGAGAGAAGUUCGAUUAGACCGUCGAAGAACAUUAUCAGCCAUGUUGGACAGCGAUCCGUGAGGAGUGUGAGAAGAGGAUUCGGGUUGUAGAACAGGAUAUUGUUGUUGUUCCUAUGAACUGCUAUUAUCUAAUGUUAAUUACUCAUAACAUAAAGUAAUCUAUCAUAAAAAUGUGGGCUAAUGUAAAAUUUGGGAAGGUUGUGCGUGUUUGCUUCGAAGUUGUCGUUUGUGAGGCUUCGUUUUGAACUCUCAAGCGGAAAACAAGCCAUUUUAUUCAAAAUCACUCAUUUUUUGGCGUUCCGUACCAACAAAAAAUAAAAAUUUGCAAAUAAUUCUGCAAUCUCACGCAGUUUUGAUCGAUUUGAGAAGGUAGUUCAGUUUUAUCUCUUCAAUCCUUGUCAAUUUUAGGUUAUAACCUGCGGAAUGAGUGGGCAUGACAGCCGCGCCAUCAUCAUCUCCAGACUGGAGAUCGAAUUGGCCAACCAAAGAGCCAAAUUCGAGAGUUGGAUGGUCGAGAAUGCCGGCAUGGCCGGCCAAGCCGAAUAUGAGCAAUAUGUAGAACAGUUUAGAGAUUGGGAGACAGGGAUGAUCCAACAGCUAGCUGAACAAAGGAAUUCUAUCUCGAGACAGCCAAUCGCCGACAUUCCGACCUUGCCGCAGAUGAGUUUAGAUGAACAGAUUGCUGUCAUGGUCAAAGAUAUAACACUCAAGGACUUUAUUAAAGGAUUGAUGGCCUUGGCCAAUAGUGACCCUAAUUUUGUGGGGAAACUGACUCAGGUAAGAGGUUUAUAUUUGUAUAUCUUAUUUUAGGCAAUAUAGUCAACGUCUUCAAUAUUUAUAUUUUUCUUGCCCCGUUAAUUGAGCUCGUGUUCUAUUUUAGGUAGUACAACGAGAAACCCAACCGCCUGGCUUUUAUAAUCCUCAAAUUCCACCUCCAUCCAUCCCGAAUCCCAUACUCCAAACUCCCUCAAUUCCAUCGUAUAAUGGAGCUCAAGUUCCCCUCUCAUAUCAACAGCAGGUCUCACAUAUUCCCACCACAUUCAUUGAUAUUAAUAAGCGUUCUAUUCGACCAAUUGGCCCUUCAGCUCUAGUUCAACAGCCAGUUUAUACGCAACAAACCAGUCAUGGUGCAAUUCCCGCCGACUGGACUGUUGAUGAGCCGGUCCGACGCCAAAGGAGGUCGCCAAUCCCAGAACGACAGAUUCUGCCGAAAAUACCGUUUAAAGAUUUUAGUCAGACAUGA